AUGGUUAGCAUAGUCCCUGAGGUUCCGAAAGGUCGGACCUCAACCCUUUUGGUCUAUAGCGCUCGAGUACGAGGCUAUGACCAAGUGAUGACCCUUCUCGUGGUUUCGGAUGCAUCACAAAACUUUGUGAAACUCGCAGCUCUGAAAAAGAGACCGACGAGUUAUGAGUCGCUUUGCCAGGAUGGCAAGCGAGAAGAGGCAAUCGUUCGUUUAGCGAACGGCGCGCUCGAUAAAUCGGAGGGAGUUCAAGUUGAACUCGCCUUCAGUUUCAGUGACUUCUCUUGUAAAGAGAAGUUCACAGUGCUAGUCGCUAGCUCUACGCAAGACACCAAAAAGGAUGUGCUCUUGCGAGAGGCUUAUGUGGCUGAUGCUGUGUCCAACCCAGUCGAGGGUGCGAUGACGGUCGAAAAGUCUGGUGUAGUGAAUGGGGCGAUGACAGGUAGUCAUGCGUCCAAUAGUCCUGCACAGAGCCGAGAGCCUGUGGCAGUUGAUGUUGGGCUGACAGGAAGUCAAACGCCACAAGAACCGGCACAGAGCCCUGGUGCGGUUGGAAGGAGUGCGUUAGCUGAGAUAGCAACGACACCUUCUUCCAGGUCAAAGGUCGUGGCGACUCGAAGAACGAGCACCAGACGUAUUAAGACGAUCAAGGGCAGUGACCCUUGGAUCAGUAUAGUUGAGGUGCUCCAACUUGUCUUGGCAUCUGCCGAGGAGAUAGUAAAUCUCUCGGAGAUGACGUGGGAUCUGUUCCUGUCCGAAUUGAAAGGAAGGAAUGAUCCAUGA